UAUCUUACAUAUAUCUAUUAAAAACUUAUUUUCAACAAAAUAAAUCUACCUAACCUCCAUGAUCCACCUACCAUUUCCCUUCCUUCGUUCAUUUUCCUCUCUUCCGCCUCUCUUCUUCUCCCUGUUUAGGGGUCAGACCGGGGGGUUUUCUGGAGGCCGUUUUGAAGCCCGACUCGGGUUGAACCGGGUCCAACCGGGGGGUUCAAUAGGGGUUUAACAACCUUGAUUUUUACUAUUAACUGGACUGGCUUUUCUCACUCUCGAGUCUCUGUUUGGUCUCUCCCUGUCUUGGCUCCCCCUUUUUCUUCUCCAUCGUCGUCUCUCUCUCGCUGUCCCCCGGGAGACGCACUCCACAAUUACAUCGCCGGCCGGCGAAUUAGAAUUGGAGAAACCGAAUAACUCGGAAGGAGAUUCCGGGACGUACGAAACUCUCUGCCGCAAAUAUCCUCCCUUCGUCGGAUUCUUCCACUUUUUGUGCAAACCCUAAUCUCCCAGCGGACAUCUCUCCAGGGGGGUUAGGAUUUUCGGGGGUUUCUUCCGAUUCCCUCCUGCUUGCCCUCCCUCUCUGAUGCUUCAGGGCCACAAAGAUUCUCGCCAAUGUACGCCCACCCUCAAUCCAUGAACAUUCCCCACCAGAUCGACGACUUGCCCGGCGGCGGCGGCGGCGACGAAGAAGAUGCUUCCGGAGCCCCCGAUUCGAUGGACCAGCACCAGCUUGAAAACAUUGGAUAUGACGACGCUGCCGCAGCCGCAGGAGUCGUCGUCGACGACAUGUCUGCUGACUCUGUCUAUAUUUCCUCCAGUGGCGGCCCUGGGUCGGAGCUUCUUAUUCAUGGGGGUGAUAUCACCAACCAGCUUACUUUGACGUUUCGUGGCCAGGUGUAUGUGUUUGACGACGUCACGCCUGAUAAGGUUCAGGCAGUUCUGUUACUACUAGGAGGUUGUGAAAUAAAUUCUGGUCUGAAUGGUCUGGAACUGCCGCCUCAAGGCCAAAGGGGCGCAUCUAUGGACUAUCCAGGCCGCUCGACACAACCUCAUAGAGCAGCUUCUUUGAAUAGAUUUAGGCAAAAGAGGAAAGAGCGAUGUUUUGACAAGAAGGUUCGAUAUAGUGUUCGCCAAGAGGUUGCCCAAAGGAUGCAGCGCAACAAAGGUCAGUUCACCUCAUCGAAGAAAGAUGGUACAUAUGGCUGGGACGGCAGUCAGGACUCAGGGCAUGAUGACAGCCAGCAAGAAACCUCGUAAGGAUAACAUUGUGUUUUCUAGUCUUGAUCUUUUCUAUUAUCUGAUCUGUUGUGGAAAAAUCAUUGAUUAUAAAAGCUGACUUUAAAGCUGGAGAGCUAAGCAUUGGGAAACCAUGUUGUAUAGCUAUGAGUUUAAUGUUCCUUGCUUUAUUGGGCUAUCUUUGGCCUUUAAACAUUUAUAUUACUAUCAGACUAGUUUUUUUUUUUGGGGAACUUCUGUAUUCUUCUGUAGGUGUACCCAUUGUGGCAUCAGUUCCAAAUCAACUCCAAUGAUGCGACGUGGUCCAUCUGGUCCUAGGUCUCUUUGCAAUGCAUGUGGGCUUUUCUGGGCAAACAGGGGAACACUGAGAGAUCUGUCCAAGAGAAACCAGGAUCAUGCUUCUUCCGCUCCAGUAGAGCAGAACCAGGCGGAAGCUGAAGCAAACAUGUUGGAGUCAGGAGGAGAUGGGACCCAUACCAACACUGAACAACUAGUUGUUUACUCAAAUGAGUCUGGUCUAAUUUCAGGAGAGCCCUGAGAGAUAGGGAAAGAAGGCAAAGGCUGAGUUAUUAUUAGACAGUCGAGAAAGAACUUCUAGUUGAGGGGAAAAAAAAGUUUCUCUGGGAAUGUACAGCUAAUGAAUGAAUAUAAGCCUGCCAUAAUCUUUAUUGAUCAGAUAUUGGCCCUCUCUGUACAUGAAGAUGGAGAGUCAGAGACUACAUAUCUCAUCUUCUUUUCCAAUGGUGACUAGGGUCUCGGCGGCCAAUGAGAUUUUCUUUCUGAUCUUACUUUAUCACAAUGUACCAUGUGUGACAUUAUGUAAAACAGGAAAUAGGGUAGCUUGUUGAUGAAGUGAUUUGGUCCUUUUUUUCUUUCCUCCUAUGAAUUUGAAUUGCCGGAAACUACCCCAUCUGGCUUUUCUGGCGGUUUUGGUUAACUAACGCCAUAUGCAUACGGAUAGGGCUGCAAGUGAGCCGAGCGGGAAAAACUCAUUCGGAACUCGACUCGUUUAUUAAAGAGUCGAGUUUGAGUUAAGCUUUCUGCAGCUUGAUGAGCUCCCGAACUAGUUCGACUCGGUGGCUUGUUGAGCUCAACUCGUGAGUUGGCUUGUUUAGAGCUUAUGAGAUGUAUCAACUCUCAACAUUGUGGCUAGUGAGCAAGCUCGAAUACCAAUUUUAUG